AUGAGCGUACUGGGCACGUCACUUGUCGAGAUGCCUGCAGCAGAUGAUGGCUGGACUGACGACGAGCUGUACGAUGACCACUGUGUUUCCCCAUUGUCAGACAAAAGUCCCCGAAACCCGGGGACCAAUUUCGUUCGCCUCUUCCCCGAGCUGGCGUCGCUGGUGUCGCCGAUGAGCACCACUGGCGCCCAACCACUGACCGUCCAUGGGCCUCUGCCGGGCAGCGGCCGCAAACGCUUCUAUUCAACCGACACAGACCACACCGCCGAUUCCUCUCUUUGUUCCAACGACCUCGCAGACAGCGCCUCGUCGUGUUAUAGUCGGCGAUCCUCGGUCACGAGUGUGGGCUCCGAGCCGUCGAGAUCCGUCUAUAGAUCAGCCGAUGCGUUCUCGAUCAUCUCCCCCAUCAAAGCAGGAGUGUUUGACGACUCUGUAUCGGUGCGGAGGGCGCCAUCGACGGCCCUGGUGAGAUCUGAGACAUGCGACUCGUCGCAGGAUAAGCCGCUGCCGCGUGAGCCAGCUAUCCAACUAGCCCCGCUGGCUAUCAGGAACAGCACGCCGCAGAGUACCACGAAUCCCGGUGGUAUGGAUAAUUCCCGGCUCCCUGUCUUUACCCGUGCAAGUACUCGACGUCGUCGCCACCAGCCAACCCUCUCGCAAGCGGCGGAGGAGUUAGAAAACGCCCUGGCCGGAGUCAUGGAGCCUGGAGACACUGAUAUACGGUUGUCGGUUCUCGAUGCGCCGCUCCAAAUCAGCCGGGGGAAUAUGGAUAUGAUCCCGUCGCGGCCGCCUCCGCUGCCACCCAUUGAUACCCGAGUUGUCUCACAGAUGCGCGAGCAGGUGCCACCUGUACGACCAAAGCACCAGAGGAAGUUUCACAGAAGCAUGAUUCCUUUUUCCUUUUCGAUUCCAGUGUUUCACCGCAGGCAUCAACGUGUGCACGGGCGCACGCGCAGCAGUCCGGAUGUAUUGGAGUCCCCGACAGUCCCCAGUCAGGGACAGCUAGCAUACACAGAAACGGAGACGAGGAUGGACGUUUUAGAACCACCGAAAUACCCACACACAACCUCUCCAAGGCCCCUGUCAGCGGAUGGCGAGAGAAAACUCCGUGCAAAGCUGCCUCGUCUAUGGACAAGCACGACCGAGCUCGUUAACCAGCCAUCCAAAGAGGUUGACAACGCUGGGACAAAUCCACAUCAGACAGUUGAUAAGACUGAGGAGAAAAUGGUGGUCUCUUCUAGCAAAAACCCGAACCCUAAAAUAAAUCACCAAUACUGUGAACUCGAAGCAUACCCAUCCGCACCAGAAAUGAUCUACGAACUAGACAGCGGGCCAGCCCCGAAGGAUACGCCCGUCACAAUCCAGGUCUAUACAGUGCCAAUGCCGACGACGAUGCCCGACAAUGUUGCUCUCGCGCUUUUUAAACAGGUGUGCUCCCUGGAUGAUCUGUUCCAUCUCGCCACCAUCUCCCGGCAAUUCUACCGCGUCUUUAAGGCCCACGAGCUCGAGCUGAUCAAGCGGACUGUCUUCACAAUGUCGCCACCCGCAUGGGAGCUUCGUGAAAUGAGCCCUCCAUGGGACAGCGAAUGGCAGAUCCUGGUCGACCCCGAUGCGCCGGUACCGGAAUAUACGGCCUCCAAUUAUCUGCGCUGUUACGCCAUGGACAUCUACACCUUGGCUCAGCUUAAGUCUUUGAUCUUGGCUCGCUGUGGGACAUUUCUUCGUCCGGAAACCGUUCGUGGUCUGGCCGGUCUAGACACUGCGCGGGCUGCAGAACUCGACGACGCCUUCUGGAGAAUCUGGACAUUCUGCCGUAUCUUUGGUAGCGGCAAAAACCGGGAGGGAGACAUUCUAGGCCAGCUGGACUGGCUGAACGGGGGCGUCGCCGCCAUGAACAACCACAAGGCAAUGUCUGUCUCUCUUACCGAGCCGUUCGGCAUGAACAAUGUCUUGUUCGAGCCCCCGGCUGGGUUCGCUCGAGGGAACCUGGGCGGGCUUUCGCAAAGCCAGCUGUACGAUAUGACGGAGAUCUGGAACUGCCUCGGGGUGCUCCUACAACCGAUCCAUGGAAAGUGCAAGGAGGCACGGGAGACGGGGAUUUUUGAAGGUCACAAUGUGUCGGACAAGAGCCCUUCCAAGGAAGAAGCAGUAUUGGAGGAAUGGACGUUUUAUAUCCUCUCUCUCGGACCGUCCGCAGUGCUGAACCUGGGCUCCAUCUGUCCAGCGGACAACGGCCUCGCCACGUUCCAGAGGGCCAAAGUAAUCGGCCUGACAAAAUGGGAGCAGUCCGAGUCUGGUAUAAGCCGUGCCUCGUUCCUCAAGGAAGCCGUCUCGAAAGCCUACAAGCCUCGCGAAGAACCUCGACCUCGGGGAUCUCCACGACCCCCAUCAUCCCGUUCCUCUGCCUCCCACACUUCAAAUUCCAGCACCGAUGCUGCUGUCAAUGAGGCCCCCGUCCCAAGCCAUCGGCGCAGACAAACUGCGUACGCAGAGCAACUCCGCAACCGCAAGAGACAGCCAGGAUCACAGCCCAACGUAUUUGCCGAGGAGCGUCCCAUCUCGAACUAUGGCUUCAUCAUGAAUCGUCUCGCAGGCUUGCCGCACGAACAACCGCCCCUUUUGCCAGUGUCUCCAUCGAUCAUGACGCCGCUAUCGCCGCCGCGCGCGAAUUUCGGUGUACCGACAUCUCGGUCAACGCCGUCGGCUCAACCGGUGCACACAGCGCCGCUGAAUCAACCUGCUCAUCCUACACAUACCACACCUCCGACCCAACUUGCGCCAUCUACUACCCCUAUGUACCGUCCACAAGUCCUAGACCCUGUCGACCAGGCCCUCGAGUUGCUGGUCGGUCAGCUUGGAUUCGCCGAGGAGGACGCGAAAUGGGCCUUGAAGAUCACAGAUACUGGCGAAGGCAUCAAUGCCGACGCUGCGGUGGACCUUCUUUUCCAGGAGCAGCAGCGAUUGGGAAGUCGUACUUCUGUCUCAUCGGGCCGCAGUAGUCUUGUUUCCUCGGUCAUGGGCAGCCAGGCUUCUUGGAAUGCGGGUUGGAGAUGGGCGUGA